ACCGGUGCGAUUGGACGUAAGAUCUUAGCAGCGCGCACACCAAACAUCUUCCGAACAUUGUUUUCAUACCGUUCCGAAUUAAUGGUGUGUGUAUAUGAUCUGUGCUGUGUAUACAUUAGCCAGAUUUCAAAGCAGGCGAAAGGUCCCGGAAGGAGCUGAAGUGCCAAAGCUAUCGCUCGCGGUCGGAAAUUGAUAUUGCAGCUGAGUGUACCACCUCCUAUCGGAUGUCGAGGCGGAAUGAGGGCCCGUUUGCGAUGGUGAGGUGAAAGUUUGAUAAUUCCCCCGAGGGAGCGAAUAUACGGAUGGCAGCAGGAACGAUGUAAAUUGGUAGCAGUUUUCCAGCAAGUGGUUAUUCGACCCUUCUUGGUGCGGACCGACCGAGUGCGGAUACCGAGAAACCGUGAAACUUGUACAUCAAUCAGCAACCCUAUUGUUUCGGAUCGUAGUGAAGUCGUCGGCGGGCGUUCGGAAGAUUUCAAAUGUAACGAAUUGGCAGCCGCAUAAAGUGUAACCCAAUUCUCGGCGGUAUUGUUAGUCUUCUUUUUGGAGACCACCCGCGGGACGCAACAACUCAGUAAUUCGUUUUGUGAAUAGCAAUCAUCGCUCGAUUCAUGCCGAGAAAAAAAGAGUGAAGAAAGUGUAAAAAAGUGUGUGUGGGCGCCAGGAUGCGAAUUGAUUAAUUUACGGGGUGCGAAGCGGCGCGAAGUUUACUUGUCAGUCUCAGCAGUGGCGCGUGAAAAGUUGAUUACAAAAGUUGCUGGUACCCGGUCGGUUCGGGAGCAUCCCAACAAGUAAACCAUAGCAAAGGCACGAGAGACGGCGUGGUGUGAUUCAAAAGCUUCAGCAUCAUGUUCUGGAUACUGAGGCGCACCGGAGCGGCGAACUUUUUCAACUCGAUCAACAACAAUUACACGACCAAGGGAGGAGGCUCCGGGACUAGCAGCAAUGCCGUCAAGCCCGGUUCCCGGCCGCCCCGCCGAGCCUACGGACGUCUCAGCGUGGAAUCCGACGAUGCCCAAUCACUGCGACGUGAUACCGAGCAUAACGACAAUCUGAUUGAUGUCGACGCCAAUUUGAACGUGAGCAACAAUAACAACAACAGCGUUCGGGUGAAGAACCAAAACAAUGUCACCAAAAGCAGUGGCGGAGGAGGAGGAGGUGGAGGAACGCGCAUUGAGUCUAGCACAACCGCUUCACCACAGCUUCCGCCGCCGCCAACGGAGACAAUGAUGAAUGCUUGUUUCACGCAUCUGAUCUCCACCGAUGGUCACUACAUCGAGGGCAUCGACGAUGUCAACCGGAAUCAGUCCAACUGCAACGAAACCGACUCGGAUUUAGAGCUGGACGCCACCAUCAAGGAGCAGCGCCUCGAGGAAAGAGCCAUUUCGCGUCUGCAAGCGAUGGCACUUUCCGACGAUGACGAAUAUGACGAAUCCCUCACCUGCAACGUUUGCGAUCGGGCAUUUCACUGCCACAGGCAGCUGGCUUCCCAUCAGCAGAAAAAGAGACAUUUUGGAUGUAGCGGCUGCGAUAGUCUGUUCCCCUCGCUGAUGCUGUUGGAGCACCACAAGGAGGAGUUCGAGCACUGGAGCGACUUCGAGGACGACGGACGGUUGCCGUGUUGCCGUCGGAACCGGCGAGACGAUGAGUACACCGACACCGACACAGGGUCUAGCGAUGCCGAAAGUGAGGACCUGGAGCGGUUAUUGUAAUUGGGAAUUGGAAAUCAUCGUGCUGCUCUUUGGGUGUUCCUAAUUGGGAGCAACGAUGAGGAAUUGAUUAGUGAUGUUUGAGUUAUAAUUUGAAGCUUUUGGGUAUUAGAGAUUCGGCUCCAUUCGGCGUGGAAUGCAGAAUACCGCAUGAAUCCAAAAUAAAUGACAGACUGUAAUAGAUACAUAAAUUUCCAAACUUUGAGACCUUCUAUUUGAACUUCUGACAGUUUACUGACGUUUGCUGACUGAAAGUUUACGUCAGAAAUGAUAACGAUUGGAUUAUUGACACGUAAAAAAACAAUGGAAGAGAAACAUCAUUGGUUGUCGAUGGCAUGAAAAACUCAACCAACAGCUUAUUAUAAAAUCGUUACAAAAUGUUUAUUUUCAGUCAAUGAGACCUUGACUGAAAAUAAACAUUUUGUAACGAUAAAUCACAAGUGUUUGUAAAAAAUUGAUUAUGAGGCUAGUGACAAGCAAGGCUUAAGUAAAACUGAUUUCAAACUAGUACGACUAAUAUUUGUUCAAAAAACAUGUUAAUUUUGUGAAAUCAAUAUAAUAUUCUACCUGAAACGUAACCCGACAUAUUCAAUCGAUGAAAUCACUCAACAGAACCAUCCGAAAAUGUGGUAUGAAGAAAAACUUGUGUAACAUGAAAAUAUUUCUUGAUAGAAGGAUUUGUCAUACAUAAAAUGAAGAAAAAUCAGCUCUACUGAUUAUGCAAUAAUAACGAGGACCUUUGAAACCUUGGAACAUUUCAUAAAACAUGUAAUAGUAUAUAGCAGUGGAAAAAAUCAUAUCCGAGACGAAUGAACUUAUAAAUAUAAUAAUACGAAGUGGUGGAUACCGUUUCCCCUAAUGUUUGAGUGGUUAGAGAACAUAAUAGCAUGAAUAGCCGUGUUUUGUAGGACAAUCUUUCGACUUGGCUCUCGUUGAGAACAAAGAAGAUAAGGUGAAUGAAUCGGUGCAACCGAUUUCUGAAAGAAGCCCAAACAACUUAUGAUAAAGAUACUUGAAAAAGACGUGAUUUUUCUCCCAAUAGACGUAUCCAUAUUAUCAGAACAAAUAAAAUCCCAGCCAAAAUAGAGUAAGUGAUAUCCAGCAUUAUCCCCCGAGAUCUUCCUUCCUUUUACGUGAGCGAAAAAAGGAAAUACAAAAUACAACUAAGCUGAAACAGAAUAUAUCCAAAAAUAAAUAUCAUCGAUCAAACAGACUUUUGUAGUGCACGGAGCCAGAGCUUCUAGAUUACCGGACCCAAAUUAUUGUAAAAUACGAUGUAUAUCAUAGACAAAAAAAUAGAUGAAAUAUAUGGAACCAACUUAU